GCAUGAGAACGAAUCAAGGUACCGCAGAACUUAUACCAACAAGGCUCGCACGCUGUCCCAUCGUGUUCGCGGACGUAUUCGUGAGUACAUAGCUGAGCGCAACUGACUACCCAUGCUUGACGUUAUGUUCGGCUCAAUCUCUUGCUUACGUCUCUCCACGGAAUGUCGACCAACUCUGUGUGGCUGUGCGGCGGCGACAGUGGUCUGGGUGCGGGAACUGACCACACUGACACGGUGUCGGUGGGAAUACUGGCUGGUUGAGCUGAGCUGGAGUCCCCCACCCACCGCGUCUGCUCGCACGCUUGGGUCACAACGAUGUGACCGCGCCGCCCGCCGCGACCGACACCUCUUCUCCGGGUCCUGCGACGUCCAAGUUGCCCGCACGCGCGGUCCCUGCACACGUCUCUGCACGUCCGUCACGCAUCUACUUCUUCCCGCUGUACCACAUCGCCACAGCGUCCACAACACGUUCUCAAAAGACAAAAUCACCCAGGUGUCAGGAGCACUACGACUUGUACGUGACGGCGGUGACACUGAGGAGUCUAGACACACAGUUGUUGCUGCAGUAGCAAUGAGAACAAGCAAUGUAUCCAGCCGGACAGCAGAUAAUAACCGGUACUUGUGGGUGUCAUGGCCAGCCCGAGCGUCAUGUACGUAUAGUAGACUUUGCUUUGCGCCUCCGGAUUCCCGAGCUCUGCCAGUGGUGCACGGUGGCGGGCAGCGGUGGCUGCUGUGGCGCGGCAGCCCGGCACCUCGGCCGGAAACAUAUCUUCGCGCAAGCGCGAAACGUCUAUCAAUAUGAGUUUGGCUGUCAGUGCGUCAACACGCGGAUCACCCAACUCAGCUGUACUUUCCGUGUUCAAAAUCCUUGUCCAUCGAUUUCUA